AUGUCUUCGCGCUCCUUUCUGCUGCCGGGGGACUCUGUCUCAAACCCCCUCAGCGCCUCUGCCAAACUUGGCACCCACCUCCACAUUCUCCCUCCCGCGAACACCGCCGCCUCCGCUUCCGCCGCCUCCACAGUGACAAGCACUCAAACAGGCCUCCUGCUUUCCGACCCGAAACGAAACACACUCACCGUUCUUCCGUUUCCCAAUCGCCGAUAUAUAGCUCAACCCAAUGAUCUUGUAAUUGCCCAGAUCAGCCGGUCCAGCUCCGAUUUCUUCCUCUGCAGCCUCUCUCCGCAUACGCCGCAUGUUUACCUUGCACACCUUGCGUUUGAAGCUGCAACGCGGAAAACUCGCCCGCAGCUGAAAUCUGGAGAACUAGUUUACGCGCGUGUUAUGUCUGUUGGUGUUGGACCUGUGGCGGAGAUUGAGAUAUCGUGUGUCAAUCCUGCAACUGGGAAGGCAGAGCCUGGCGGGUUGGGUCCCUUGAAUGGCGGGAUGGUAUUUGACGUCUCUGUGGGCCUUGCGGAUAGGUUAAUGAUGACCGGAGGUAACAGUGGCUUAGUGGUGCUAGACGAACUAGGGAAAAAGCUCGAGUCACAUGGCGGCUUUGAGGUUGCUGUGGGUCGAAAUGGUAGAGUAUGGAUUGAUAGCUCUGCAGAUGGGAAAAUCGGAACCUCGAUAAUUGUUGCGGUUGGAAGAUGCCUGAGAGAGGCAGAUGAAAAGAAUAUCAGUGUGUCGGAGCAGAAAAAGUUUGUUUCAAAAGUUUUGAGGGAGAUGGAAUUGGGGACUUGA